CAUAAAAUUUUUAUCAAUUUCUAAAUUUUCGAUAAUUUUUUUUAAAAACGAAAAAUAAUUUAAUUACUUCUUUUACUAAAUUAAUGCCAUUAUAACCUUUUAAAAAUGCCGUUCAAAGUCGGCGCUAAUGCUAUUAUUCGUACUCAACAUUACUUGGAUGCCGGCAAGAUAUACUUGAACGAUAAAAUCAAAGUUUUUUGUGUUCAUGUCAAUUCAUGGGGAGACCGACAUAAAGGACUUAACGACUUUCUAACAUGGCAUAUGCCUCAAAUUCAGUAUAAGAAUCCAAAUGUACAUUGCAUCGUUUUGAAGAACAUGACACCGACUCCUUUCAUUAGAUGUUUUCUAGACAAUGGCGAACACGUUAUCGUAGACACGGAUAAUAAAGAAAAACGAGAAAUAUUGAAUCAUGUGAUAACUGUAUUAGGCAAAGCAGAACACGUUCUCCAAAGCGAACUACUCGCUCAGGAGAAGAAAGAAAAUCCGGCCAAUUUCGGUUACCUUUGCAGCAAGCAUUGUAUAUGUCAAAUAAUAGGUCAAGUUCCGUGUCCGGCUAUAGUACCAGUGCCUCAAAAAUGGAGAGGUAAAUGGAAAACGCAAAACAAGGAUGCAUAAAUUUCCAUUCGAUAGUUACAGUUUUUAAUAUUAUUACGUUAUUGUAGAUGCUAAGUUAAUAAAAAAAAAAAACAUUCAA